AUGCCCAACCUGCGGAAUCGCGUGGUGGGCGAAAAGUACCGCCUGAUUCGCCUGAUAGGCUACGGCUCCUUUGGCGACAUUUACCGGGCGGUCAAUCUGCAGAACGGCGAGGACGUGGCCGUCAAGAUCGAGCCGCCCAACUCGCCGCACCCCCAGCUCAAGUACGAGGCCCACGUCUACAAGUCGAUUCAGGGCUUCGGCAUACCGAUGCUGCGGUACUUUGGCGUCGAGAACGACUACAACAUCAUGAUCAUCGACCUGCUGGGGCCCUCGCUGGAGGACCUGUUUACCUACUGCUCCCUGCCUUGGCAGGGGCUGAAGGCGAGCACGAAGCGCGGCAAGUACGACCGCAUCACCGAGCGGAAGAUGAGCACGCCGAUUGAGGCGCUGUGCAUGGGUUUCCCCAGCGAGUUUCAGAUGUUCCUCAACUACUGUCGGGGGCUGCGGUUUGACGAGGACCCCGACUACAUGUACCUCCGGCAGCUGUUUCGCAUUCUCUUUCGCUCGCACAACUACGAGUACGACUACGAGUUUGACUGGACGAUACGGAAGGAGAUUGAGAAGCGGGCGCUGGAUAAGACCUACAGCAUCAUCGGCAAUAAGAUCAGCACGACGAACAAUGCCCUGGAGGUGGGACCAGGAGGAACUACGAGUGGUGCAGGAGCGAUUCAAUCUCCUGUAGGUCCUGGAGGUGGACUUCCUCAGCAGAUGAUAGGUGGGGGAAAUAUUGUGGCGCCGAAUGCGGCAGCGACGGCCACCGGUCCUGGAACGGAAGGCUGA